AUGCCUAACCUGUUCGCCCCGCACUUCUUCAUGUGUUUUCCACUUCCGGAUCCUUUUGCAUCGACCACGCGUGUUGAAAAAAAGUGACUGGCUCACCUCUGUUCAGAGAACUUAUUUUUUCUUUGAUUAAGUCGGCCAGAAUUGACAAAAAUGUCCCACUUUAAAGACUCCAAAGCUCCACAGGAGGAGGCUCCCAUCCACAGAAUCCGUAUCACACUGACAAGCAGGAAUGUCAAAAGCUUGGAAAAGGUGUGUGCGGAUUUAAUCAAGGGAGCUAAAGAGAAAGCCCUGAAGGUGAAGGGACCUGUGCGUAUGCCCACCAAGGUUCUGCGUAUCACCACCAGGAAGACCCCCUGUGGAGAAGGUUCCAAGACCUGGGAUAGGUUCCAGAUGCGUAUCCACAAGCGUCUCAUCGAUCUGCACAGUCCAUCUGAGAUCGUCAAGCAAAUUACAUCCAUCAGUAUUGAACCUGGAGUUGAGGUCGAGGUCACAAUUGCUGACGCUUAAUUGUGUAUGACCAAGAAAAAGCAAAUAAAAAUAGAAUAAU